CUUUACAAAACCCGUUCACUUAUGGCCACUCUUCGUUAGUUGCCGUCCAACGCCGUUAACGACAUCCGUUAAGUGAUGACGUGGCUUACAGAUUUGCCUAAUCAGCACUUUUUAACCCGAAAAUUAACCGACCCGCCACAUCAUUGAGACCCGCCAUGUCAGCUAAACCUACCCAACCCUCUAACCAAACCAGACCCGCUAACUAAACCAGACCCAACCCUCAAUCCCUUCUCCAUCCCGCGCCGCCUUCCUCCCUCCCGUGUUUCUUCCUCUUCAACUCUGUUCGCGAAUUCGCAGGUGACGAAGGAGGAAUGGAGUCCACCACACACUGUGGUUGACUCCUUUCUCAAUACCCAGUUCAAACUCUCUUCCCAUUUUCUUCUCCAUCGCGUGCGCCUGACUUCCCCCUUCUGAGCAGACAACAAAACCCUAAAUCGAAGCUUCGAUUCUCCUCCUAUCUCCGACAACGAAACCCUAAAGGUGAGUUUGUUUAUUCGAGCCCUGUCUGGAAAGACUGAAAAUGAGAAAAGAAUAGGGGGCAGACGAAAAUAUCGAGUGUGUGUUAUGGCUUUUGGGGGUUCACUUUUAGCUUUCUUUUAUACUAAAUUGCAAGUUUCUGUAGGUUUUCCAGGUAAGCAUUCCACCGAAGGAACCAUAGUGGGGCAUGACCGGGCUCCAAAUGAAACUCAGCCUAACUAUUGUAAGUCUCCCGCCAUUUUCGCUCUUGUCUUUAUGGUAGAUGGCUGGUCUGGGUUGUCCUUUUCCACAAUUGGCAUUUACUAGAGACGAGGACAACACUUUGGGUAGAAUUUGAAUAACUAAUGCAGGGUUAUGUGGGAAUGACGAAAAUGCAGCCUUAGGGUUUGACCUUUUCUGUCUUUUAAUAGAAGCUGGUGGGACAGGACAACCUACUUACCUGUUGCUCCAUAACUGCUCACUUCCUUUGAAAUUAACUCCUUUCAAUUAUUUUUUUUACCAAACAGGUGCUUCCAGUGGAGAGUUCACCUUUGCAGUUCAUGUAACCCAUGAAAUGAAAGAGGUUGGCGGCAAGCAUUUCCUCAAUGAAACCUCCACUGUGUUUUGGGACUAUGCGGACAUUGAUGAACUUUCAGUGCUCGACCUUCCUGGCAUAUAUGCGGUGUGUGGUGGGACGAUUAAAGAUCCGAAGUUCUUUUGGAAAUCUCCUUGCAACGAUGCAAUGUCUGAGAUUGCCAAUGAAGAAAAUAUUCUGAGCAUGUCAAUAGCGGCCAACGACGAGGGAAGAGUCAUCGAGCUGUAUGAUUUCUCGGUUAAUGAUCUUGAAGAUAUCUUAGAUAGUGAAGUUGAAGAAAUGGAGGUUGCCAGUUUGAUAAGAAAGGGGGAAAAUGGUGCUGGAGAUGAUAUGCUAAGUGAUUCUGACUAUCAUGAGUAUGAAGACAACGAUUAUUUGUAGGAUUCAGAAGAAGAUAGUUAAAGGGACAAUGCACAAUUUGAAGCAAAUAUCACUCAAGAGGUGGAAGCCGAUAUGGGUACCUUUGAAAUGGAUGAUGGGCAGCCUAAACUACAAAGGAAAGGUCCUGAUUAUCCAGACUAUGAUGAUCGUAGGAUCAUUGUAAGCUCGGACUCGGAUGAAGGAGACCAAUAUCAGUAAUUCCGGGUUGAUCGAGACAUGGAGAUGCCUACCUUUGCUGCUUCCCAGAAGUUUAGUAGCUUUGGAGUCCUAAAAGAUUCAAUAAAAAAACAUGCUUUCA